AUGGAGAAGCAACAACAUCCACCAAGGGGCUCGCUUGUCGACAUGAGCUAUUCAGUUGGCAUACAUCCUCUUUAUGAUACAUCAUCAUCUCCUUUAUGUCGCCCACCACCAUCCAUUGAUAAUUGUACUACAUCAUCUUCAUCAACGUCCCAAUCACGACGCAAUUCGAAUGAUAACUUUGAAGAAUCUGGCUUGUGUUCAGUGUUUGACAAGUUAAAGGUGGAGGAUCGCAGGAAUUCAUGCCCACAGGAUUCAAUCAAGCAGGGUGGUAAUGGUGGAGGUCAUCGUUCUAUGAGCGUAGAUGUCGGAUCAAUGCAACACAACAAAAUACCCACCAAUAAUAGGGCCAUGUUGGAUACUCCUACGCCUUCCAAUCUCCUCUCUACUAGAAAUCACCACCUCCUCUUUGACGCUGAUCCACGCCAACUAGACAUGCAUCACCACCCUUUUACUCCUCCUGCUCCUCCACCACCUCCUCAAACUUUGCCACUCGUUGAUCCAUAUCUUUCCUCACGCUAUGCAGGAUCCACUGACAAGUAUCAUUCUCAUACGACAACUCCUACUGGAUUGUUUUCAACGUCACCUUGUCUUGAUUUUACAUCAUCUCUUCGGCGUAAUUCUUGUCGUCAAAAUAGAAGUGUUGAUUCUCUCAGAAGCAAGUCGUGGGCGCAAUAUUUGGAGAAUGCAUCUACAUCAUCAUCAUUCAGCCCAUCAUCCACAGAGGAGGAUUCUUCUUAUCUCCCUACAAAUGCACGUGCUCAAGCUGCUUUUUAUGGAUCACCAAGACGCUUUUCGUACGGAUGGCCAGAAGCGGGGAAUGGCAAAUACAACUGCUUACCGACAAAUAUGAAAUCCAAAAACAGCAGCAGCAGGCUGGCUACCUCGCAUUCUUAUUCGGAUCUUCAUGGCACGGCUUUACGACCCUAUCAUGCCGAUCAUGAUCUGACACUACUACCCUGUCCACAGUAUCAUCAAUAUGGCUUUUGCAUGUUGCAAGAACGAUGUCCAUAUACUCAUCACCAUCAUGACACCACCACCACAACACCAUCCUCCUUGGAUACAGCUACUGAUCAUGUAUCAAGCAUGGAGCAACAACUCCCCUUUUAUGCUUGUUAUCCUCAUUCCAUGCUACAAGGCCUUGCCACCCAUACAACAAGCACUACACCAAAACAACUCAACAACACGAGUAGUAUGAUGAUGCGCCCACCACCACCACCAGCUGCUAUGCUUGGUCGACGUACGAGUUGUAGCCCAAUCACCUCUUUAUCAUCAACAACGGAUGAAUCAGCAGCAGCACGCUUUGCUGGUGCCACAUUGGAUGAUUUUCGGGGUCAACUUUACGAUUUAUGCAAAGACCAAAAUGGAUGUCGCUUUUUACAAAAGAAAUUGGAGGAACCAGAUGAUCAACAACAUUUGCAAAUGAUCCUUGGUGAAGUCCAGCCUUACUUUGUGGAGCUGAUGACCGAACCUUUUGGCAAUUACCUUUGUCAAAAGUUGAUUGAGCAUUGUGAUGAUAAUCAACGUAAUGUCUUGGUGGAUACGGUGGCACCGGAUAUUCUCAGGAUUUCACUCAACAUGCAUGGCACACGCGCUGUACAACGCUUGAUUGAAUUUAUAUCAACACCCCAUCAAAUCUAUACGAUCAUUGCAGCACUCGAUCCCAACGUGGUCACCUUGAUCAAGGAUUUGAAUGGCAACCACGUGAUUCAAAAAUGCCUUCAUCGUUUGUCUGUGGAGCACAAGCAAUUCGUAUACGACGCUGUGAGUGAACAUUGUAUCCAAGUGGGAACCCAUCGUCAUGGUUGUUGCGUAUUGCAACGUUGCAUUGAUUAUGCAUCCGAGGCACAAAAGGAUCAACUUGUCAAGGUCAUUACAUGGCAUGCUUUACCUCUUGUUCAAGAUCCAUUUGGGAAUUACGUUGUUCAAUACGUCCUGGAUCUAGGUGAUAUUACCUACACCGAUACCCUUGUGCGAUGCUUCCUCGAACAUGUGUGUGAUUUGAGUGUCCAGAAAUUCAGCUCCAAUGUCAUUGAAAAAUGUAUUCGUGUGGCCGAACCUGAGACACGUCGGCUAUUGGUAGCCGAGCUGAUGAACGAAUCCAGCAUUGAAAAACUACUUCGAGAUUCGUUUGCCAAUUACGUUGUACAAACAUGUCUUGAGUAUGCCGACGAGGAUCAACGUUUGCAUCUCAUUGAACUCAUUCGUCCACUCCUCCCAUCCAUUCGAAGCACUCCUUACGGUAAACGUAUUAGUAGCAAGAUCCAACGUGAACAAGCAGCAGGACGACAUCAUCAUCAUCAUGGUACUACUAGUAUGCGUCAACAUCAGAGCCUUGGAUCGCUUCGUUAUAAAACUAGUACUACCAACAACAGCAACAACCAUCCUGGGGCAUUUGCAGCAGGCGGCAGCUCCUCCUCCUCCAUGUACAAUCAUCAAAGUAAUGGCUAUGGCAAUUCGCUGGUUUUCGGGUUGCCACUGCUAGGCAAUAACGCUUCUCGUUAUCCAUACCACCACCACCACCACCACCACCACUGA